CUGGCAAGCUGCAAUCUGAAUGGUGGUAAUUCUUCCAACUCUGAUGGCCCUUUUCACUAUAAGGAUAAACUGUACAGUUCUGCUUCUCAGGCUCUGCAGGCCUACAUUGAUGAUUUUGAUUUAAGCCAAAUAUACUCUGAUACAAGCACUGGAAAAAUUAGCAGUGAUAAGAGAUCUGCGAAUGUGCCUCAAUUCUCCAAAUAUAUUUAUAAACCAAACAAUGCUUUUGAAAAUCUUGAUCACAAAAAGCACUCAAACUCCUUAUCAUAUAGAAGAGAGAUUGUUAAUGACAUAGAUUCCAUUAGCCUAACAACUGAUGAUCUGUUAAGACUUCCAGCAGAUGGAUUAUUUUCUUUCACUGAUGUUGGACCAGUAAAACUAUGCAAGAAAAACAAGAAAUGCACUGGAAGACUGGGUUCCUCAGCCAUUAAAAAGCAUCUGAAUUUUCAAGAUUCCUGCACUUCCAUGGGCAAGGAUAACUUAGUUACACGUGUUGUAGACACAAAUAUAAAUGGAAAGCAAUGUAGUAAACUAAAAAGCCCAAAACUUAUGAAUAGGACCAAUAAAUGUAUUUUUGAAUCAUCUUUAUCUUUUCCCAAGAAAUCAUCAUUGAAAGAGAGUUCACAACACAGUCUUGAAAAGAAUUAUCCAAGAUGGUUCACUAGCCAGAAAUCUGACCUCAAUGUUUCAGGGAUAAGUAGUUUACCUGAUUUCAAAUACCCAGUCUGGCUCCACAAUCAAGACUUGCUACCUGAUGCAAGUAGUCAAAAGGUUUAUAAAGUAUUUAAAGAAGACCAUUCUUCCCCUAGACAUAGUUAUCAGGCACAAAGAACUUCUCGGCUUACAAAUAAGUUAGAUUGUUGUGAAUAUUCUUUUGAGCCCUCAAAUUUUUCAAAUUACUUGAGUGAUGAUAAAGGAUUAGUUAAUGAAUACAGAUGUGAUUCUGAACAUAGCCAAUGUCAGUAUGAGAAUCCACUUCUCUCAGGACAAUCCAAAAAGCCAUUCAGUGGUGACAAAAUUGAACUGCUUAUCCUGAAGGCCAAGAAAAAUCUGGAUCAGUGUACUGAAGAAUUACCAAAGUCUGUGGAAAAGGAUGACAGUCCUUGUUCAUUAGAUAAACUUGAAGCUGAAAGAUCAUGGGAAAAUAUUCCUGUUACUUUCAAAUCUCCUGUUCCUGUUAAUUCUAAUGAUAGUCCUCAACAAACUUCAAGUGAAAAGUAUGCUAAAGAGGUUCUUGAAGACUUUUUAAAUAAUGAUAAUCAGAGCUCUACCCUUUCUGGAGGCAAACAUCAUGGUCCUGUUGAAGCUUUGAAACAAAUGUUAUUUAAUCUUCAAGCAGUACAAGAAAGUUUUAAUCAGAAUAGAACUACAGAUCCAAAAGAAGAGAUUUCAGAGGAUGAUUUCUCUAAAUUACAAUUGAAGGAAAGUAUGAUUCCUAUUACUAGGUCUCUUCAAAAGGCCUUGCACCACUUAUCUCGCCUGAGAGACCUGGUUGAUGAU